AUGGCACCGCUAAGAACACCAAAGAAUAAGAAACAAACGCAUAAUGCAUCUACGCCGACAGGUACGCCGACUGGCGACGAUGAGAUGGGCCCAACCAGCCCGUUCGGAGAAUCGCGACCUCCGAUGGUGUCGCAAACCUCCGAAACCUACGAGAAGGCACAAGAAGAUGAGCGCGAAGUCUUGAAGGCUGUCUUCAUGGACGACUAUGAAGAAUCAGAAGCCAAAGGUGCAUGGAGCAAAACUACAGAUCGCGUAUUGCGCCUGAAGUUGUCAUCCUUUUCCAACGAGAAGAUUUCCAUUACACUUUGUGCUAAACUCACUGCCACCUACCCUAAAACGCUACCCGAACUUACUCUAGAAGAUGGUGGCAGCCUAAGAAAAAGCACCUGGGAUAGGCUCUAUGGCCUGCUAAAGAACCGACCUCGCGAACUAGUAGGCGAGGUAAUGAUCUACGACAUUGCGACCGCCAUCCAAGAGAUACUCGAGGACGAGAUCGCAGUCCGCGAGACGGACGGAGCUUACGAGAAUCUGGAUGCUGAGCGAGCAGUGCAAGAAGCUGCUGCAGUCGAACAGUUGAAACAGCAAGAAGAAGAGUUACAGAAGAAGCGGGACCAGGAGAAGGCCGAGGAAGAGCGCCUGUUGCAGCAGAUGGUAGGCGACGAAAUGCGCCGGAAAGACUUGAUGGCAAAGCGCAAGAAGCAUCGUGUAUCUGCCAUCACUCCGCCUUCGUACUUCCCCAGCGGCGAGAAUGUCAACUACAUUUCUUUCGACAGGACCAUUACCGUUCAGCAUGAAGAUACUACAAUCCAGUGCAACGGUGUUGAGAACCCACUCCCUUUCCGUUCUGGCCCUCUAACAGAACAGCUACUGGUCAAACCGGCUGGUAGUUCAACGACCCUUACGCUAGUAUUGAAGCGGGCUCGAGUAGGAGGUGGAAGUGCUGCUGCUGACCCUCAGUUGAAGAAGGCUAUUAUGGGGUUCGAAGACGAGAUGGAAGAGAUUAAAAGAUUACGACAAGGCGCCAUCUUAUCCGUCCUGGACUUCAAAGUUGAGCACCUUCCUGACCCCGGGUGGGAAAUCAGUGUCCUGAUGGAACACGCUGACAGAGGGUCCCUAGGCGAGCGACUUGCCGAUGAUGGACCCUUGCCGGUCGCACGAGUUCGCUCCUGGACCAUUGAGCUCUUGGAAGCACUAGACUUUUAUCACCGCAACGGAAUAGUCCAUAAACGCGUUCAUCCGCACAAUAUCUUGUUCAAGAGAUCUUCUGGCGGUGGUAUAACAGUGCUUCUGGCUGAUGCUAGCUUCCAAGGUUCCUUAUACCACCUACAAAGCCUGUAUCAAGACGUACAACCGACAAAACCACUAAGAUCGUUCUACUGGAUAGCACCUGAACUCUCACAGGAUGCGCAUCACACUCGUAAGACUGAUGUAUGGGACUUGGGAGUCACCUUCCUUCAGAUGCUGUUCGGGUUCGAUGCGCCUGGGAAGUACAACUCGCCUAAGGAGCUGUCAGAUAUCCUUGGCUGCUCGGAACCAUUGCAAGAAGUCUUGCGCAAAUUCUUUAAACCUGAUCCCAAGAAGCGACCGUCCGCCUUCGACCUGAUCCCAUGCGAAUUUUUGCGCGACGACGUGGAUGUAUACGAACGACCUUCCACGCCUGUACGUUCUAGAAACUCAUCGACGUCGUUGGGUCGUUAUAGGCUACGGCGUGAGUCUUCAUCCGGCGUUGUUCCAUCAUAUUCACGAUACGCCAAUGAUUGGGUCGAACAAGGGCGCCUGGGCAAGGGUGGAUACGGUGAAGUCGUGAAAGCUCGUAACAAAGUCGAUGGUCGCCUUUAUGCCAUCAAGAAGAUUAAGCAAAAGUCUGCAGCAGCACUGAGUGAGGUCCUCUCAGAGGUCAUGCUUCUGUCACGGCUCAACCAUAGCUGUGUGGUACGGUAUUACACGGCCUGGCCAGAAGCUGAAGCCGAUGACGAUUACGACUCUGCAUCAUCAGAUGGAGAUGAGUCUGACUGGGAAUCGGACGUUUCUCCAACCACGACGACAACAGAUGGUGGCGGUCACGGGAAAAGCGGUGGGGGGUUAGACUUCAUCAGCUCCAGUGGGUAUCCUAAGAUUGAAUUCGGGUCCGACGACGAGUCGGAAGAUGAUGUUGAAGAUGAGGCUAGCCUGGGAUCGCUUUCGCCGGCAGUUAAAAAACGCGCCAUGUCCGAUUCGAUGCCUACCAAGUCGUCAAGAUCAAUCUUGUAUAUUCAAAUGGAGUUUUGUGAGAAGCAAACCCUACGAGAUUUGAUUCGUACAGGUCUGUACGACGAUCCAGACGAGUACUGGAGGCUGUUUCGGCAAAUUCUCGAAGGGCUCGCUCACAUCCAUGGUCAUGGUAUCAUACAUCGUGAUCUCAAGCCCGACAAUGUCUUCAUUGAUAUGGCUAAAGUCCCCAAGAUCGGCGACUUCGGACUAGCUACUAGUGGACAAUAUCAGAGAUCCGAUACGAAGUCUUCCAGCGGUACACAGGACGGUGGCGACAUGACGCGAAGCGUAGGCACUGCACUUUACGUUGCUCCCGAGUUGAGCUCUAGUGUUAUCGGCGACUACAACAACAAAGUGGACAUGUACUCCAUGGGCAUCAUCUUUUUCGAGAUGUGUUUUCCCCUAAGGACUGCCAUGGAGCGUGACAAGGUUAUUCGGUCGUUGCGUGAACGAAAACACGAUCUUCCACAAGAAUUUGAAACCCCCGAAAAGUCGUUGCAAGGUGGCAUCAUCAAGUCGCUUAUCAGCCAUCGCCCCUCGGAGCGACCAGGAUGCACUGAGCUCUUGAGAAGCGGUAAGGUACCUGCCCAGAUGGAGGACGAAGCCGUCAAGGAAGCUCUCAAAGCCCUUUCAGAUCGCAACUCGCCACAUUACGCGAAAAUGAUGGCUGCUCUCUUCUCACAGAAGCCUGACACCCAAGCGAAAGAUCAUGCUUGGGACCUCAGUGCGACAACCCAGACGAUAAAGGCCAACGACGUGCUUCUACAGAAUCUUGUUAGAGACAGAUUAGCCAUGGUCUUCCGGAGCCAUGGUGCUGUUGAGAUACAACGUCAGGUACUACUACCUUGGUCUGAUCAUUAUGCAGACAGCCACGUCGUAAAACUUUUCGACCCUUCUGGAACUUUGGUCCAGCUGCCCUACGAUCUGACUCUGCCCUACGCGCGUAGUAUCGGUCGCGGCGGAGUCUUUCUGGAGAAGACAUUCACGAUCGGUCACGUCUACCGUGAUAACUACACCGGAAGUGCUCCACGUAGUAACGGCGAGGCGGAUUUCGAUAUCUUGUCUUAUGACACGCUCGACCUUACCUUGAAGGAAGCAGAGGUUCUCAAGGUUGUUGACGAGAUCAUUGAUGAGUUUCCUUCGUUCCGGUCGACGCAGAUGUGUUUCCACUUGAAUCACGCCGAUCUGUUAGAAAUGAUCAUGGAUUUCUGUAGGAUCAGCGUCCCAAAGCGCGCAGCGGUCAAGGCGGCCCUCAGUAAACUGAAUAUUGGGAAGAACAAUUGGCAGUUGAUUCGCAACGAAUUACGAUCGUCAGACAUUGGCAUCCCAUCGACCUCGUUAGACGACCUGGCGCGUUUCGAUUGGCGCGACACACCGGAAAAGGCAUUCGCGAAGCUGCGACGAUUAUUCGAGGGCACCAAGUACCUUGAACGAACGCACGUCAUCUUUGCACAUCUGAGUUCUGUUAUCAAUUACACGAAGCUGUGGAGUGUGAAGCGCAAAAUCUACAUCAGCGUGCUGAGCAGCUUCAACGAGAAGUUCUACUCUGAUGGCAUUCUCUUCCAAUGUCUUUUCGAUACGAAGCAGAAAGAGGUGCUUGCUGCAGGCGGAAGGUACGACAAACUGAUCGAGGAAUAUCGCCCGAAAGCCUCCAGUCACGCACACCCAGCAGCUGCGUCUCAUGCCGUGGGCGUGAAUCUAGGAUGGGAUCGGCUAGUCAAUUCCAUGAGUCGAUACAUUAAGAAACCUGAGAAGUCGACGUUUCUACGGAAACAUGCCGAAGAAGACACCCCAUCUAUAUCAUGGAUGCCACGACGCUGCGAUUGUCUCGUCGCUAGUUUCGACCCCAAUGUUCUCCGCUCUACGGGCAUCAAGAUGGUAGCAGACCUCAUCGCCCAUGGUUACACCGCCGAACUCGCUGUCGAUGCGCACUCUAUUGAAGACAUCCUACGUCACUAUCGCGACGAUAGGCACAGCUGGGUCAUCGUAAUCAAGCACGGCGUUGCGCCCGAUAAGCCUGAGUUAAAAGUCAAGUCCAUCGCAAAGAAGGAAGACACAGAUCUGCGCAGUCCAGAUCUUCUGAACUAUCUCCGAAACGAACUCCGAGACCGUGAAGAGCGCGAAGGGAGUGCAGCUCGCCUCAUCAAAGCCGCCCCGCCAAGCUCAAACAACACCACCAGUGCGCCAAAAGCGAACGUUGAUGUCCUCAUAGCUCAGCACCGAUCGAAGAAGAGCAACAAAUGGUCUAUUGUCGAGGCUGCGCAAUCGCGCUCCACAGAUCUGCUCUCCGCCUUCCAGUCUGCACCCAUCGCCGCCAUCGAAUCGAAGGAAGAGGUGAUGAACCUUCUCAAGGAAACACGCCUCAGCGACCCGGACUCAUGGCGUUACUUCAUCCAGAAGAUGCCGCUUGCUGAGAGGAAGUACCUGCAAGAGCUGCAUGACCUACUGCUAGGCUACAGGGCGAGGUGGGUAGAAAGUAAAGGCGAAGGGGGAGCGAACGGGGAAGGACCUGUGGGAAAGGCUUUUGUGUACAACUUCAGGACUGGAGGAUGUCUACUUUAUGAUCUGGAGAGCUGA